AUGGUGAAUAGAAGCGUGGGAAAUAGUUGCAUCGGAAACAAUGGUAUAGACGAAAUAUUGAAGGAUAGACCGCAUUUGGCGACACUUAACAUGCUCAUAGUAGGAUGUACUAAGCAAAAUGCUAAAGAAAGGCUUCGAGCGGAAAAAGCGAUGGUGUUAUGCGGAAAAUUGACAAAGGAGUUCAUGGAUGAAUGGUUGCUGAGUUUUAUGGUCAUCACCAAGAAUUUGGAACUGCUCGACUAUUCUUAUAAGAAGGUGAAGUGUCUGCGACUCAUAGGUCUGACGCUCGCCGACCUAACCCCGAUGCUCGGCGCCAUCCGGGAUUAUUACAACCAGUACGGUGUUUUUUCUCAAGAUGGUGAACGUCGUGCCGUCGAUCCCGAGGUGAUGCAGCCGUUGAUCAACGCUUUUUGGAAUGAAAUCAUGACGACUAAAUCGGAAGAAUGGGAGGCCUUAACGCGUGACAUAGUCUGUGAAUCAGACUCAGACGACCCAGAAUUUGAAUCCGAGUCUGAA